GAGAGAGAGAGAGGUGGAUGAAAACGAGGUCGCGCUCUUGCAAACGCCAUUUUCAUAGUUGUUCUUUCUACAUUCAACCAACUUGUUUUUGUUUCAGUUGAUAUUAAUUCGUGAUGAAGAUCCGUUGGCAGUGAGCUUCCUAUUUCCUACUUGCAAUAAGCCGGUGGCUUUAUUAUUUUGCUUCGUAAUUAAUCUGACAGUGUUUUGUUUUCAACGGAGAAUACCUUUUCCUAUACUACAGAUUUUUUUUUCUACCGCUUCUAGCACACUCUCUCUCUUAAGACAUACAUCUAUCCCUUUACACACUUUAGAAGCUCAAAAUGCUUUCAGCUACUGGAACCAAGCGACACAUGGAAUUUGAUUGGAAUGCUGAGAGGCGGAAACAGAAGAAACGUAGUCGUUGGGGUAAUGAAGAAACAGAUAAAACCAUCAUUCCUGGAAUGCCAACUGUUAUUCCUGCUAACCUUUCUGGUGAUCAGGAGAAACAAUAUUUAGUGCACCUGCAAAUCGAGGAGAUAAGUCGUAGACUGCGAACAGGAGACCUGGGCAUCCCACCUAACCCUGAAGACAGAUCACCAUCCCCUGAACCAAUAUAUAAUCAUGAAGGGAAACGGUUAAACACCAGAGAUUAUCGUACCAGGAAAAAACUGGAAGAAGAUCGUCAUCGGUUGAUCCAACAGGCGUUUGAGUUGAAUGCUGAUUAUAAACCCCCAGCAGAUUACAAGCCACCAAUUGUCCGAGUCAGUGAUAAAGUGAUGAUACCACAAGAAUUACAUCCUGAUAUCAAUUUUGUUGGUUUGUUAAUUGGACCUCGUGGAAACACUUUGAAAAAUCUUGAAAAAGAGACUGGUGCCAAAAUUAUUAUCCGUGGCAAAGGUUCAGUGAAAGAAGGUAAAAUUGGAAGGAAAGAUGGCCAACCCUUACCUGGAGAGGAUGAACCUCUGCAUGCCUAUGUCACUGCACAUAAUCCAGAAAAUGUUAAAAAGGCUGUUGAAAAGAUCAAAGAAAUAAUCCGCCAAGGAAUUGAAGUCCCUGAAGGACAGAAUGACUUGAGACGACAACAGCUUAGGGAACUUGCUCUCCUCAAUGGCACACUCCGGGAGAAUGAUGGUCUUGCUAAAUUGAAACAGCUGCAGCAGGCACAGACUAUUAUCACCAACACUAUUAUAUGUUCAAUAUGUGCAGGUACAGGACAUUUAGCUCAGGACUGCAAACAGAAGAGACCUGGGGAACCAAUCAGAAUCCAGCAGGGAUCACAAGCAGACAGAGCUAAGAUGGACAGUGAGUAUAUGUCACUGAUGGCAGAACUUGGUGAAGGACCACCACCACCUCAGAAAACACCUCCACAACAGUCAAACAUUCAACAGGGCAAUAUUCAGACAUUCAAUCGACCACCUUUUCAUUCACAACCACCUCCAAAUCCAAUGGCUUUGAAUCCUCCAUGGCAAGCUACACCUCAACCUCAUAAACCUCCUCACAUGGUUACAUCAUUCCAAAAUCAGCCCCAUGCAAAUAAUGCAGGCCCCCAGCCACAGGGUGUUCCCAUACCUCCUAAUCAUACACAGAGCUCUCAGUAUCCUCCUGGAGUGCCACCUCCGCCACCGCCUCCACCACCUCCACCCAGCUUGUUCUCGAACCCUCAACAGUUGCCACCCUGGCAGCAGGGCAUACCCUCAGGACAGAACCCACAGACUUCAUCAAGUGGUGUUGGUGUGCCACCACCUCCGCCAGGUUUAUUGACUGCUCCUCCACCACCACCACCACCAAAUAGCCAGUCCGCCGGUGUCAUGCCCUGGAUGAGUUCUCAAGGUGGAUUACCCCAACAAUUAUCUCCGUCUGGACCUCCUUGGCAGAAUGCAGCCGUUCCUCCACCACCUCCAUCAAAUGUGCCUCCAUGGCAACAAGGACCCAUGCAUUCGAUCGGCACUUCGGUUGCUCCACCACCACCUCCACCAGGAAGCCAGCACGGUUACGGUGGAAUCCCUCCGCCCCCGCCUCCUGGAGGAUAUGACAUGAAUCCUGGAAUGAAUCCACUGCUUGUUGCCCCUCCACCACCACCACCCAGCUAGACCAUUCCACCCAUCUGAGUUAGCAGUGGCACCAUCUUGUACAUACAGAACUGAAGCCAUCUCAGGGAGAAGGCUGCUUUUUUUUUUUUUCUCUCAUGGUUAACACUCAGAACUUUCCUUCUGUUCUUGCUGCGUGUGCGCACACACUUAGAGACACACACACACUUGUCUACCCCUCCCCAUCCUUCCAGCCUGCUGUAACUCACACCCCCUUCUUCUCUACCUUUGCUCUUUGGUAUCAGUUCUUCUCUGCCAGAUACGUCCACAAACCUGACAAUUUUCUAUGCAGUGUGUCUUUGCAUAUGCUGCAUUAAAACCAUUAUAUAUAUAUUUUUUUCAUGUUUUACAGGAAAAAAAAAUUUACUUCCACAUUUGUAAAACAAUCCAUUUGAACCCCAAACUUGCAGACCAGCCAAAAGAAGAAAAAAAAAUCUCUCUGCCACACCCCUAUUUUAUUUUCUUUCAUUCUUAUCUCUUUCCUUUAUUUUACUCACGCACAGAUUUAAAAAAAAAAAUCUUCCAUUAUAGAAAUCCUUCUGCUUUCUCUGCACCUUUCCCAGCCGGGGCUGAUGAAUUAGUUUAUUAGAAAUGUGACAAACUGUUUUAGUUUGCCUAAAAUUUACACUAAAGAUGAAGAAAUUUGUAAACGAAAAAAGUCUUUUGGGUUAACUUCAAUUUUAUUUUUUAUAUAAGAUUGAAAACAGAUUUAAGUCUCCAUGUAAAGUGUGAAUGAAAAACAUACAUGCAUGUAAAAUAUAUGAGAGAAAAAAAAUAAUGUUCCAAAAUAUUUGUGAUUUGAAUUAGAUUUAGAAAGUCUUUGUUGCAACAUCAGUGGAAGACAUUUUUGUUGUCUAACAUCUCAGAAGUCAGCUUUAUAUAUUAUAUAAAUAUCUUUUUGUACAAUUAGCAUUUUUUUUCUUUUUUCACUUUGUUGUCGAAAGUAAUUUAUCUUUGCAAAAGUAAACUCUUUCUUUGUUGCUUAGCUGAUGCAUAAAAGUUCUUUACAAAAAUAAAUAAACCCUUAAAAACUUCAAUACUAGACUAGGAAGGAAAGCAUAACAAAUGGAAAGGGAUUUUUAAUAGAAUUGGUGGUGGUAUUGUGGUGAAACCUUUAUUUAAUCUUAAAUUGUGUGCUACGGAGAAGAAGGUCCUUACAUAAUGAUUUAACUGGCUAAAACAGUUAUUAAAAAAAGGAAAAGGACGCGACAACAUACAUAGUCUUAGUUGAUUGUCCUGUGACUUUAGGAAGAUUAUUUUGGUGUUGUUGUUAUUGGUGCAACAGUAGGAGCUAUGGUGAUUUGCUUGUGAAACACAUAGAUAUCUGUUGUAAGGCACUGGAACAAGAUUACUGCACCCACAACCAGCAAGAACCAAUAUUUGUCAGGUGCCUGUAAUAAGAGAAGGAACAGUCAUUUUCCACUAAUGUUUGUGUGUGUGUGUGCGUGCGUGUGUGGAUAUUAUAAUUAAAAAUACGAAGGUGGAAGUGGGUUGUAUUAUAUUUAAUUUGUUGCAAUGGGGAAAAAAAAAAUUUUUUUUUCUAAACUUCAUUUUUUUUUUUAAUUACAUUUGUUUCAAUUUUUUUUUCCUCCCUCUCCACAAGAUUUUUUAUAAUUCACAAAAAUUACAAACUUGUUGAUUAUAUAUAUAUAUACAUUCAUACAAAGAACUGUCAGGAAAAGGUGAUGAAGUACUACAGUAAAUUGAAACAUUCUAUUAAAAGAGUAUCAACGAAAUUGGCAGAGCUCCUCAAGGACCCUGCUAUCUUCUUUCAUUUUAUAUUCUCUUUGCAAAAAACAGAAAAGGAACAAAAAAAAAAAGGAAAAAAAUUUAUUUCAGAAAUACUCAAAAAAAUGUCGGAUAUUUACCAAGUCUCCACUUCUGUACCACCAAGCCUGCAUUGAAGGUUUAAAAAAAUUUUUUCAAUUAAUGACUUGUAAAAAGAAAAUUGAUAAUUACAGUGAACAUUUUUAGAUCAACAUCUAACAAAUUGUUAUUUAGGAUUUUCUUUUCAAUAUUGUUAUAAACUUUUAAGAUCAAAAUAAAUUGGGAAAAGUC